AAAACAUUUCCAGGAAAAUUUAUUCUAAUUUCUCACUGCUGUAAAACUUGAAAGAAUCAGGGAGGGGAAGAGAGGCGACGGCGACAGUCAGACGGACAGCGACAGAUAUCACUCAGAACAGAAACACAGAAAGUAAUAGUAAGGAAAAUGUGCCGCAUAGAGUACAAGCAUCGCUCAAUGCUACAAUGCUCCCUGUGAUGUUGAUUCGAUUCGUUGUGAUUUUAUGAUUAUUGAUUUUAAUUUAAUUAGUCUUGAGAAUUGAGAUUGUGUUAUUGUUGUUUUCGUCUAUCGUUAUUGAAUUUCUAAGCAGAAGUUUGUCCGCAGGAAAUUCAGUAUGUCCAACUUCAACUACAGACCUGGUUUCGCGAGUGAUUUGACAGAUGGAAUCACACCGGAUAUGAAAAUUAUUGGAAAAAUUGAACAAAGAUCAUCGUACCAAAGUGGAACAAAACAAAUACAAAACUCCAUCAAGUGGACAAUAACCAGUUUACUUUCUGUUCAUUCAAUCAGUCAUCCGGCGCAGAAGUUUGCGUCAAAAGUUUUUGACAUAUAUCGAAACGAUAGAAACGAUGAAAGUGGUGCGUUUUUGUGGCGUUUCUAUCUUCAAAGGACUGAGAACGAGGAUGGUUUCUUUUCUGUUUUUCUACGUUUUAUACCAUUCUAUAAUAAGGAAAUAUUUACAAGAAUUGAAUUAUCCAUCGCCGAUAGAAGUGAAAAUAAGCUGUUGACUUGUAGUUUUGGGGACAAUCGUCAUUUCGACGUAAAAAAUGAUACCAGCUCGAUAGAAUAUAUACGUUUCCAUGCUGCUGGAUUUAGCGAAUAUUCUGACCACGAAGAAUCCUUAGUCAUCUUGUGUGACAUGGUUCAAUCUUAUGUACCUGAACUAGGUGUCUUGAAAGAUUUCGACAAAAUAUUCAACCUCAGUCGACCGGUUUCAGGCGACGUUACGCUAGUGUCGAACGACGGGAAAGCUUUUAAAGCACACAGGCUCAUAUUAUCGGCUCGCAGUUCAUUCUUCGCUGGUACAGAUAUGUCAUCAAGAAAGGUAAAAAUUGAUUGUAAUGGAGAAAUACUGGAGCAAAUGCUCCAGUACAUUUAUACCGGGAAGCCAGAAAAAUUGAAUCUCUUGGCCAAAGAUGUAUUGCUGGCGGCAGAUAAAUUCAAUCUACCAGGACUGAAAGCCAUGUGCGAAGAAACGCUCCUGUCAACGUUGUCAGUUGAUAACGCGGUAGGAAUGCUAUUAUUUGCUGACUCAUCUUGUAAAUAUGGUCUAUUGAAAUCCGAAGUGAUGAAUUUUAUUAUGAUGGAGGAAAAUGCAGCAGUAAUGAGAACCGGUGGUUGGUUAAACCUCAAGAAGACCAAUUUACUCAAAGAAAUAUGUCAAGCGUUUGCGGAUCGUCAAAAAACAGCUAAAAAAAGUACGUCAAAAUGAGAAUUUUUGUGAUUAUUUUAAUAAUUCUUUCUUUUAUUCUUUUCGUUUUUUUUUAUGUUUCUAUAAUUAUUUUAGAUCAGUUUUAAUCAUCAUGUAUAGGUACAUGUUUUAGAUAUACCUACGUAUUUGUUUGUUGAAAAGUUUUGUAAUGUACGUGGCUACCUAUACACAUUUAUUACGAGUAGGUAGUUCAAGAAGUGACCCUUGCUUUUUAUUUUGACUUUAUGCAUUUGGGAUAAUCAUACCUACUAAAUUAAGAGUAGAUAUUCCAGCCACUUAUCUACGAGGUAAGCAGCUUGGUUAAAACAAACAGUUAUUUUAUUAAUUUACGAUUUAUCAUUUUUUUGUAUUAACCGUGACGAUUUUAUAAUUAAAAUUUCUA